CAUGGUUUGAUUUGAUUGAUUGCUGCCCGGUCUUUGCAUAUUUUGAAAAAACACUGAAGUUGAUUGGCGAAUGAGUUCGGUUCUACGAAAUCUACGGAGUGUUGUGAAAUUCAGUAUGCUCAGCUCAAAACAAGUUUUCAUUGGAGCAUCUGUAGCAGUUCUGCUUUAUUCUGCAUAUCGGUACAAAUACCAGUCACCAGACAUACAGCAACCAGGCAUGGCGAGUGAAUCGACGUCGGAUUAUAAAACUGCCAAAUCGGUGUACGAUUUCUCUGCCCAGGAUGGGCAGGGUAACGACAUUAGCUUGGAGAAAUAUCGCGGAAAGGUGUUGUUAAUUGUCAAUAUUGCCUCUAAAUGUGGCCUUACAAAGAGCAACUACGAGGAAAUGACCCAGUUGUCGAAGCAGUACGAAGAUAAAGAAUUCAAAAUCCUUUCGUUUCCGUGCAAUCAGUUUGGAUCACAAAUGCCAGAAAAAGACGGCGAGGAAAUGGUUUGUCAUCUAAGAAAUGCUAACGCUGAAGUCGGGGAUGUGUUUGCAAAGGUUAACGUUAAUGGAGAUGAAGCUCACCCUCUGUAUAAAUAUCUCAAGCAUAAGCAAGGCGGCAACUUGGGCAGCUUUAUCAAGUGGAACUUCACCAAGUUCUUGGUGGACAAAGAAGGUCAACCUGUGGGACGAUAUGCCCCGACCACUAAUCCAUUGGACAUUGCUAAAGAUAUUGAUAAAUUACUUUGAACAAUGAUCGUUAAUAGUUGAACCUUUAGCAAGUGUCACGCAUUUAAUUAUUCUGCAGCACUACACAGCUUCAUGCAUUUCCUAAUCAAGAAUUAUGAAUUCUUAUGACAACAUCGUAAAUAAAGACGAAUCAAAAUUCUACUUUUCA